AGCCUCCCACUACUCUGUUUUCGCAGCUUGUUUUUUAUUUUCCCCUUCUUACAUCUCACUCACUUCUCAUUCCUCACUUCUCAUUUCACGGCACACUCCUGCUGAACAUUCAUUACCUAUCAUACGCAUCAACAGCACCAAGAGCAACAACAACACCAACAGGCGUACAGCACAUCAUCUUCAUACCCUUACACACAUCAUGCACAAACUAUUCGGUGGUCGCCACACACCCAGUCAUGUCAACAAGCCCCUGCCAGAGCCGCUGGUCGACCCAGACGAGGGCAAGACUCCAAUUGGUGAAUUGGCGAUAGUUCCUAUCCAAGGACGCGAUCUCCCCAACCGAGAGCGGUUCGGGAAACAAAACCCGUUCAUUUUGUUCAAGCUGGGCAAUGUCACGAAGCGGAGCUCAACAGACGUACGCGGCGGACAGAGGCCACGGUGGAAGGAUGACCAGAUCAAUAUCCCACUGUACGAGAGCGACGCGAAGGAUGCAACGUCGCUUUACGUGACAUGUCUGGACGAGGACCACCAAAAGAAUGAUCUCAUUGGCGAUUGUGUCAUUAACCUGGCCAAGGUGCUGGAGCAGGGCGAACAUGAUGACUGGUUCGAGCUGCACUACAAGGGUCGCGAGGCAGGAGAACUCAUGCUGCAGCUGACCUACUACUCCUAUGAACCCACACACCCCACAAACAAGAUGAACCGUGCACCCAAGACACCCAUACCAUCAACUGGCGCGCCUGGUCGCCGCCCCAUCCAUCCUACAAACACACCAUCCUCAGAACACUCGUCGCCAUCCUCAAAACCCGCAGUAACAGCAACCGCAUCAGCAGCAGCAGCAGACCAGGGAGCAGUUUAUAGACCACCGGCUAUGACAGAACCAGUGCCAACACCAGUUCCAGCAGCACUGUUGGGAGGAAGAAUCUCUCCCCCUGGCCAGAACCACUAUCUUGGACAGAUCAUCCAACCCAACGCGCAUUAUCCUCCACAGCAGCAAUAUCCUCCCGUUGGCAUCAACCCAUACGCGGCUAUGGGCGCGUACCCUAGCUACCCCAACUCCAACCCCAACCCAGGACUCUAUCCACCCGUAGAUCUUAGCCAAAGGCGGCAGUCCUACCCUAUGCUCGGGGGCGCAGGGUACCCGUCAGUCGGAUACCCCAACAACAACACCAUCAAUGGCGGUGGAUAUCCACCACAACCUAACCUCGGAGGAUACCCUCCUGCGACUAUUCCUCCUCAGUUUAACACCAUAUCUGGAUACCCACCCCAACAUCCAGCGAUGAUGAACGGCUUCGGAUCCGGAUAUCCACCACAGCUCAACAAUGUCAACAAUACGUUCAACGGAUACCCGCCCCAAUCAAACAUCUAUCCACCUGUAGGGACUAGUGCCAAUAUCGGGGGCUUGUACCCACCAGUUCAACAACCACUUACACGACCAGCCUCAGCACCCGGUGGAGUAGGGUACCCGCCUGUGGGAUACCCAUACGCGGCGUCAAACUUGUACCCACCCACGCCCAUGCCUCCGACUACCACUGGGAUGACGAAUGUGGGAGGACUAUAUCCACCACAGCAACCGCAGGUGUCUUCACCAUCACCAACGAGCUCUUUGUCGCCCCCGGCACCGAUGCCAGUACGGGGGUCGCAUGCGGGAGCAGAGGGAUCUAAUUUCAGUAGUUCGUUGCCAGGUUCGUUCCCGGGCGCGUUUCCGGGCGCAUUCCCGGGGGCGGAUGGUGGAAAUAAGCAGGGUACAGGAGCAAGGGCACGGUCGGCUAGUCCACCAGAGUUGCCGCCGAGGAACCAUAACCAGCCGACGUCGUAUUCGCACACGAUGUAUGGAAUCUAAAACCUAGGAAUGAGGAUAGGAAGCAUUGUACAUAUUACACCACCACCACGACAAUAAAAAAAUAUAAAAAAAAAAU